CGUCACUAGUUUUCGCACUCUUCUUAUUUAAGCCACCUCGCAUCGCUUACGUGGGGAUUAGCUUCCUUCCUUUCCCUCUUCUCUACCCAACUGCCAUCAACGAACUUAAACGGGCCAGUCGCACCACAAGAUUCAUUCUCGUCUAAAUUUCAUCAAACCAACCCAAGUCGUUGAUCCAAGAUUGUUGUCUGUUUUUCUUUUUAAUCUUCAAUUUGGGUUUCGAGAACUUGAUGAAUCCGUUUCAGCUCCAAGAAGGUGAUCCACCACCAAAACCAGUCGAAGGAUUACACGAGAUUGGACCGCCACCGUUUCUAAUCAAGACAUUCGAGAUUGUGGAGGAUCCAAACACAGACCACAUCGUAUCUUGGAACAGAGGAGGUACUAGUUUUGUCGUUUGGGAUUUGCAUUCUUUCUCAACGUUUCUUCUCCCUCGACACUUCAAACACAGCAAUUUCUCAAGUUUCAUCAGACAGCUUAACACUUAUGGUUUCAGAAAAAUAGAAGCAGAAAGGUGGGAAUUUGCAAACGAUGGGUUCUUGUUAGGACAGAGACAGUUAUUGAAGUUCAUCAAGAGACGAGCUUCCUUCGGUUCAUCGUCUCCAUCGAUCAAUGAUCCUUGUACCGAACUUCGUAGGGAGAAGCAGUUGUUAAUGAUGGAGCUGGUGUGUCUGAGACAACAGCAACAAACCACGAGGAGAUACAUCAAAGCUAUGGAACAGAGGAUUGAAGCAGCAGAGAGGAAACAGAGACAGAUGAUGUCUUUCUUGGCUAGAGCGAUGCAGAGCCCUUCGUUUCUGCAUCAGCUGCUGAAGCAGAGAGAUAUGAGACUCAAGGAGAUUGAGGAUGAGGCGGCAGAGAGAGAAAGAUGUUCUUCGAUGUCGGAACUUGAAACUCUUGCUUUGGAGAUGCAAGGCUAUGGGAAACAGAAGAAUGUGAAGGAAGAAGAGGAUAUGGUGGUCGAGAGAGAACUGGAUGAUGGUUUCUGGGAAGAGUUGCUUAGUAAUGAGAGUUUGGCUUCGACUUCUAGCUAUUAGAUGGAUAUCCUUUGGUUUUUAGUUGUGCCCAUAAGCUUUUUUAUUUUAUUUUUUAUCAAGUACUCUGAAGCUUUUAUUAUCUUCCAAAUAUGUCUUGCCAGUUUUCAAUUAGUAAUAGUGUAUAAUUACAGAACGUUAUAAUUCUUUCAUGUAUGCCAAAUGCCAAUAGCUAUAUGUGAAAUAUACUUUUCCUUUAA